UACAAAAAUGACCUUGAUUUUGUUAAUUGCAGUCACUUUGAUCAUAGCCUUCUUCCUUUCAAAAUUUCUGUUCAAGGGUCAUCAGGCCAAAAAUCUCCCAGGAGGGUCUUUAGGGUACCCCUUACUAGGAGAGUCCUUGAGCUUUCGCCAAGCACAGAAGCAAAAUCGAGGGCCUCAGUGGUUCGAAGAAAGAGUAUCAAAACAUGGGCCAGUUUUCAAAACCUCCUUGAUGGGUUCCCCAACUGUUGUUGUUACUGGUCAAGCUGGUAACAAGUUUGUGCUUGGUGCUCGAGAUGAUGUUCUUGCUACCAAACAACCACCCACCCUUGCAACCAUUGCCGGAAGGGAAAACAUAUUUGAACUUACUGGGUCGAGGUACAAAUUGGUAAAGGGAGCAAUGAUGAGCUUCUUGAAGCCUGAAAAUCUUCAAAACAUUGUCAAACAUAUGGAUGAAUUGAUCAAGACCAUAUUGCUAAGAGAAACAGAGAACAAAGACACCAUAAAAGGUGUGGCCACCAUGAAGAAACUCACAUUUGAAAUAGCAUCCAGCAUCCUUUUUGGCAUCAAGAAUGAGCACACAACAGAGGCUUUGUCUGAUGAUUUUUCUUUAGCCUUCAAAGCAAUUCCCACUCUUCCUUUCAAUAUCCCUGGCACAGUGUACUGGAGAGGCCUAAGAGCCAGGUCAAGAAUUGUUAAUAGGAUUCUGCCAAUUCUCAAGGAAAGAAGGGAGGAGCUCUCAAAGGGGAAGCUAAGCCCUACAAGUGAUGUAUUCACUUGCUUGCUAACAUUGAGAGAUGAAAAUCAACACCCAAUUUCUGACGAUAUGAUCAUAGAUAAUUAUUUCACCUUGAUUAUUGCUAGUCAUGACACCUCAGCCAUUCUUCUCAGCCUAAUGAUAUGGAAGCUGUCCAGAGACUCUGAGAUCUACAACAAAGUUCUGGAAGAACAAAUGGACAUUUUGAGAAAGAGGGAGGAGGGAAUAGAUGAUGGGCUAACAUGGGCUGAGAUACACAAGAUGAAAUACACAUGGAGAGUUGCACAAGAGCUGAUGAGGAUCAUCCCUCCUGUGUUUGGCAGCUUUAGAACAGCAGUUAAAGACACUCAAUAUGAAGGCUAUGACAUUCCCAAAGGAUGGCAGGUGUUUUGGAUGGCACAUGGAACUCACAUGGACAAAGAUAUAUUUGACAAGCCUACAGAGUUUGAUCCAUCACGUUUUGAGAACCCAUCAAAACCAAUCCCUCCCUACACUUAUCUUCCAUUUGGAGGAGGCCUUCACACUUGCAUUGGGAAUGAGUUUGCCAAGAUAGAAUUACUCAUCACCAUCCACAACUUGGUGACAAGGUUUGAAUGGUCACAAGUUCACCCGGAGGAAGCAAUAACCCGUAAACCAAUGCCAUAUCCCUCCAUGGGUCUUCCAAUCAAGAUCAAACCAAGAAAGCUUUAAUUAGUACAAGGCUUGUUAUGCCACAUGCUUUAGUUGUUCAUAUUGUUCGUUUUGUGCUUGAAUUUCUUGUCCUUCAAAUGAAAAUCAUGGAUGGAAACUUUUAAUGCAUUAUAAAUAAAGCUUCUC